UGUAACGAAAUGCCGCAUGCGCAAAAAUGUAAACUCAAAGAAACUCAGUAACACCUUCUUGUGCGUUACGUAUUUCUACAAAACUCAUUAAUACGUUGUCAAAAGUUCAGCUAGUAUUUUGUACUUCUUGCAGCUGAAUCAUGAGCACGCACGACCGAAAAAUUAUUUCUGUUAUAGGAAGUGGCCUGAUUGGUUGUUCUUGGACCAUGGUGUUUCUGAGUGGAGGAUACAGAGUAAAGAUCUAUGAUAAACAACCAGGACAGGCAGCCAAGGCAGUCCAGAAUGUGAGGUUGCAGAUUGAGGAGCUACAGCAAAACCAAAUGUUAAGGGGCAACCUAAACUCAGUGGAACAGCUAGCACUGCUCAGCAGCCAUGAAAAUCUUUCAGAAGCACUGGAGGGUGCCUUUUUUGUUCAGGAGUGCGUCUUUGAAGAUCUUGCAGUGAAGCAGGCUGUCUUUCACGAGUUGGAGGGCCAUGUCGGAAAGGAUGUAAUACUCAGCAGUUCCACGUCCUGCUUGCUGCCAAGCAGCAUUUUCUCUGAAGUCCAGAGCAGGAUGCGCUGCAUUGUGUGCCAUCCGGUAAACCCACCCUACUUUGUGCGUUUGGUGGAGCUGGUUCCCCAUCCAGAGACGUUGCCUGUUGUGAUGGACAGCACGUUUGCACUGAUGACUCAGAUAGGACAAGCACCUGUCCGUCUUAUGAAGGAAAUUGAUGGCUUUGCUCUCAACCGUAUUCAGUAUGCAAUUAUUGCAGAGUCCUGGAGGCUAGUCAAGGAUGGGGUUAUCUCUGUUCAGGACAUCGACCUGGUGAUGUCAGAAGGAUUGGGUAUGCGCUACGCUUUUAAUGGUCCCCUGGAAACCAUGCACCUUAACGCACCAGAUGGUUUGGAAGACUACCUAAGGCGUUACAAAGAGGGUAUGCAGAGGGUUCUGUCAUCUUUUGGGCCAGUUCCCGAGUUUUCUGACAAAGAAGCAGAAGUAUUUAUUCAGGACAUGUGUAAACAUAUUCCCAGCAGCCAACUGUCAGUCCGGAGAGAGCAGCGAAAUAACCUUGUUAUGGGCUUGGCCAAGCUGAAGAAAAUGACGGAAUAACUUUUUACUUGAAACUUGGUUAAAAAGCAAGUCAUGUUUAGAUGAUUUGAAAUCUGAAUGAAUAAUUAAAAUAUAGAACUAACAGUGGAACACUGACACUAACACGAGCACUAACAGUGGAACAAUGAAUCGAUGUCAUAGCAAAUAUGACAGAAUAAAGUCAUAUGCAUUUGGUGGAAGGUAUAUAAAUGGAUUUUUAAGUCUUGAUGAUUUUAUAGAAUGUUACAUUAAAAUUUCUGUUUUUCUUUACGAAAUAUAGAUUCUAAAUGUAUACUCAGAUUAUUUGAAAAAAAAUUAAAGUUGGUCUAUCUAUAAA